AUGCCGCUGCUACGGCUUCACAAGAAGUCCGACAAGGACGCCGCCGACAUGAACCACCCCCCGACUCAGGCCUCCGAAGCGCCCGAGUUUCGCAUCAUCCGCUCAGAUACCUACACCGAAGAGACAAUCGAUGCACCCCCCUUCCAGACGGUAGAAAGCCCCGGGACAUCCCCGCGCAAGUCCUUUGGCUUCUUCCGCCGGUCCAUCGACAGCGGGCGCAGCAGCCAGGACUCCCACUCGCCGCGGGAAAGCCGCUUCUCACGACUGCAUAUCGGCCGUCGGUCGAGGUCCGGCAGCUCCUCGUCCGUCAAUAUACCGGAUAACCUGCCUGAGGUGGGGGAUACCGGGGACGAGCAGGAGAGAGAGGCCCAGUGGGAGAAGCGGGCGACGAUCCUGGUGCAGGGCGGAUCACAUUCCCCUGCCUCGCUGGGGGUGCAGAAGGGCAACAGAUCGCGAAGCUCGAGUGUUGGCAAAGUGAACGAUCCAGAGGGAGAUGUACGUUCUUCUUGCUACUUUGUUCUUACUUCUUUGCUGGGAGAGCGCAAACUGACGGCCUGUAGGAAACUAUACAAGAAGCUAUACGGCUGCAUGAAGCUGGGGGUAAGCAACAUCACCUCUUACUGCGCGCAUGUCUAUUGCACUGCUAACCCAACCCCCUUCAGAUCUAGAAAAGUCAACGCAUAUCUUUGGAAAGCUGGCAGACCCCCAAGGACAGAAUAA